AUGAGUAGACCAUCUUUCGAACAGGUAAUGGCUACAGACGUUGACUUCAGCAUUACAAUAGACAACAAGAAAACUCCAAAGGGAGGUUCGGCUCCAACGGUUAGGCAAGUGCCUUGUUCGGCUCGGCGUAAUCCAUUUCCCAGCAAGGAGAUUGCAAGUGAAAUAGGUAAUAUUUUUCAUGAAACCCAAACGACAAGUUUAGAGGUGGAUCUCCGUCAACUUUUUGAGCCGUCCUCCGACGCAAAUCUUUGGACUACUCUUUACAAAGUGCCUCAUAGACUACAUCAAGUAAAUGAAAAAGCCUAUGAACCCAAUGUGAUUUCAAUCGGUCCCUAUCACCAUGGUAAGCAACACUUGCAGGCAACUGAAGUUAUCAAAAGGCGUUUGUUCAGUAGAAUGAUUAAGGAUAAGAAUCUUGAGCCCAAAGAUUUUGUAGAGACCAUGAAAUCAAUAGAAAAGCAAGUUCGUGAGUGCUAUGAAGAACCUUUAGAUCACAUUGAUUCUGGCACAUUUGUGAAAAUGAUGAUCCUUGAUGGAUGCUUUAUUGUUCAGCUAUUUGACUUUCAAGAUAAUGGUAAUUAUCCAAGUGAGUACCCUUUCAACCUGAACGGGUUUCUAACUGAGGUAAAUUAUGAUUUGUUGCUACUCGAAAAUCAGCUUCCUUUCUUUGUGCUUUCCGAGUUGUAUGGUAUGAUCAACAAGUCAAAUGUUGAAAGAGAUAAGUUUACUGAAUUGGCUCUUUCUGGCCUUUCAAAAGUGAUACCAGGACCAAAGAUAUGUCCUGAUAAAAAGUGUCCCAUUUCUGCGAAAGAUACCAAGCAUCUACUGAGCUUAGUACAUGAUAAUUGGCUUCCUUCAUCUCAAGGAAUAAAGCAACACAAGGAUUUUAAAGCAAAAGCAGACCGAUGCUUUUGGAUAUGCUGCGCAAGAAAGCGGGAAGAAAAAGACCGACGUCUAAGGAAGAACAUGCGCUGUGCAACGGAGCUGAAAGCGGCAGGAAUCAGUUUCUCGGAAAAUAAUGAGAAAAAUCUACAUAGCUUGUUCGAGAUAAAAUUUAAAAAUAAGAAACUGAAGAUUCCAAAGUUAAGCAUUGAACAUUGUACAGACCGUCUCUUGCGUAAUUUCAUUGCCUACGAACAAUUCAUCCCAAGUUCUGAACCAACUUACGUUUGUGAUUAUGUGGUGUUCAUGCAUAACCUCAUCAACUCAGGCAAGGAUGUGAAGUUACUCCGUCACAAAGGAAUUUUUGAUAAUUGCUUAGGCGAUGAUGAAGCAGUUGCCAAAAUGUUUAACAAACUUGGUGAUUGUACUUACUCAUCCAAAGAUUUCUACUAUGCUGAGAUUUUUUAUAAGGUGGAGAAGCGUUGCCGGAGACGAUGUAUCACUAUGUCAUUAAUAAUAAAUUUGGUUGUACUGGUAAGUUGGUUUCUUUGAUAUAAAUGGUUUUAGAUUCAAAUCUUUUAACCAAUGGCCUCUUGUUGGUUUUAAUGCCGAAUGUACCACCCCCUAUGAAGUACG